CGACAAGUUGUCGAAGGGAUGAUAUAUCAUCAAAAGGAUCGACUUGUACUUCCUUGGUACUUUAUUGGUCGAGAUCUGGUGAAUAGUAUUGAAUAUGACUUAUAGUUGAUAGAAUGUGGAGCUCAUGUUUGGUUUUAUUCUGUAUUUUUGACACAUUUGCAAGAAGCUACAACUUGUUCAUUCAACCAGAUUUUUCUAUCUUUAGAUGCUAUCUCCCCUAUUAAAAUAUUAUAAACUCUUCCACCAGAGUCGUGGGGUCAAAUGCGAUUCAAGAUGGCUGCGCCCAUGUAACGUUGUUACACUCUACACUGUUCUACCGUAAAGACAUUUUUCGUAUUUACAGAGUUUCUCAAGCUGAUAACUUGUAGAUCAUCACUAUGGCAAAACUAGAAACCCCAUCUCAGCUCCUGCCAUUUGAAUUGGUUGACAAAUGCAUUGGCUCCAAGAUCCACAUCAUCAUGAAGAAUGACAUUGAAAUAGUUGGCACAUUAAUGGGCUUUGACGACUUUGUGAAUAUGGUACUUGAAGAUGUGACUGAGUAUGAAAGUACACCAGAAGGGAGACGUUUGACAAAACUGGACACUAUCUUACUGAAUGGAAAUAAUAUAACUAUGCUUGUGCCUGGAGGUGACGGCCCAGAGAUGGCUGCAUAGAUAGUUAUCUUAACAAAGCCAGAAGCAAAGGAACUUUUUUCAAAUAUUUUUGUACAUAUCAUAACUUUUAGUAACACUAGUAAAUAGCACUUGCACUAGAUCUCUUCUUAGAUCAGCAUAUUUCUUCAAAAGAAAACACUUCAGGAUCUUCUUCUAUCUAAACAUUACAAACACAGAGUUAGAAUGGAAAUCUUCAUAGAAGGCACCACUAAAGAAAGCCAGGAUAUUCCAAUCGCAUCCAGAAUUCUCCUAUUUGUACACAAAAUAAUACAAAGUGAAAUUCGGAUUCAUAUGGUUGGAAAGUUCCCACAAUCAAAUGUGACCUCAACAAAAUCGCUACAUCUAGUUAGCAACACCCCACAAGCCAAUGUCCCAGUUGCUGUAAUGUCAUGUAAAUGGCCUGCUUUAAUGUCUAUAGAUGGCAGCUUUGUUCAGUCAGGGUUAUGCUGUGUGUUGAGGACAGUCGUUAAACAGAAACAGAGAGAAUAUCCUGAGAGUGAUGUCAUCAAACUAUUAGGCUACAGUGAGAAUUGUGUUAAAGCAUGUGCUGAGGUAUCUCCAUGGACACGAUUCUGUGAAACAGACCUCCCUGUUGCUAUAGAAACAGCGCUUGAUCUGACAGAUGACGCAGAGAUUGGCAAUAUCAGAAUUCCAGAUGAUCUCUUCAAACUUGAAAACUGCUUUAAUGAGCCAGCAAUUAUUCGGAAUAUAAACAAACGGAAGCAGCAGAUAAAGAAACUGAAAAGCAAAAGUUCUCAAAAUAAAAUGACACCUCCUAAAAUUCUAAAUGAUAUUGACCACAUAGCACACAGUGUAAAAGACCUAAAUCUAGAUGAGGUUGACAGAGGUAUUGCAGAGAUGGUGGAUCCACAGAAAAUGGGAGUCCAGAAGGUAGACACCUCAUUCAAGGUUGAAAAUGUCCCAAGUUUGGAGCACCUUUAUGUACAAGGGGCAGAUCUCACUAUGGCUGACUACAUGUUGUUCAUAUGUGUUCAUAUGUAUCUGGAGAAACACUAUAAACAAUGGCAAACAUUCCAAUCUGUCCUUCCCAAUACGUUGCUAUGGUAUCAAAGAAUGGUUACUAUGGGAACUACCCAAGAGGCAGCUAAUAUGAUGGGUUUGCAGUUGAUUCAGGGGACUCAAAGUUCAGAAGCUUCUACCCCAAAGGUGUUGUUCCAGGCUCCAGAAAAUGCUCAAGAUUUAAGGAUCAGGGAUCUGAAAGGGAAAUCUAAAUCUAAGCUAGCUGCUAAUGUUGAGCCAGUUUUACAGAAAUUACAGGUUUGUGGUAUCAGUCCAGUAUAUGAGGAACAUCCAGAGCCAAAGAUCAGAGUUGACUGGGACAAUCUUCCUAGAGAGGCACAUCCCAAGCAAGGUGACCUACCCCCUAAAAGAUGGAAGAGAAAAUGUGAGCAAUUGGAGAACCUUGUACAUGCAGUGACAUCUAUAGCCAAACCUGGCCAGACAAUUGUGGACUUCUGCUCUGGAGGGGGCCACCUGGGUAUUGUGUUAGCAUAUUAUCUACCUGAAUGUAAGGGUCACCUGGGUAUUGUGUUAGCAUAUUAUCUACCUGAAUGUAAGGUGAUCUUAGUAGAGAAUAAAGAGGAAUCUCUUCAGAAGGGAAUGGCAAGAGUGCAACAACUACAGCUAAACAAUGUUUUGGUUUAUCAGUGUAAUCUGGACUACUUCAGUGGAAGAUUUGAUAUAGGAGUAUGUUUGCAUGCCUGUGGUGGGGCUACUGACAUGUUGCUGCAGCAGUGUCUUACAAACAUGGCCUCAUUUGUUUUAUGCCCUUGUUGCUAUGGAUCUAUACAGCCAGUGCCACCUAUUGUCUACCCACAGAGUUUGGUAUUUAAGCAAGCAGGGUUGCUCACAGAGGAUAUGAUGAAACUUGCCCAUGCAGCUGACCAGACUGAACUUAAUAUAGCUUUGGCAGACCAAGGUAACCUGUGCAUGGCCUUGGUGGACACUGACCGAUGUCAUCUGGCCAGGGAAAGAGGCUACUCUGUAUCUCUGUGUAAAUUAGAGCCUGAAACUUGUACCCCAAAGAACAAUAUGUUGAUUGGAACACCUUUAAUGAAGGGCUUGUAAACUAGACUACUAUAUGAACAGUGUGUGUUGAUUUGAAAACCUUCAAUAUAUGUUUUGUAAACCAGACACUACGAACAAUAUGUUUAUUGGAACAAGUUAUUAAAUGCCUUGGAAAACUAGACUCUUAGAUAAUAAGUUGAUUUGGAAACCUUCAAUACAUAUUUUGUAAAACAGACUCUUUAAACAAUAAAUGCCUUGUAAACUAGACUCUGAACAAUGUAUGUUGAUUUGAAAACAUUCAAUAUAUGUUUUGUAAACCAGACUCUUCGAACAAUAUGUUUAUUGGAACAAGUUAUUAAAUGCCUUGGAAAACUAGACUCUUAGAUAAUAAGUUGAUUUGGAAACCUUCAAUACAUAUUUUGUAAAACAGACUCUUUAA